AUGACCGGCUAUUAUAUUUUCAAAAGCUACAGUAAUGUUGAUGCUUAUGGUUACUUUUAUACGAACAGUUUCAAUCCUUCUGAUACAACAAUCAAUCUGCUUGCAGAAGACGACGAGAGUGGUGGUUAUGGUCAGUUUCUAAUAAGAUAUUGGCUACAAUCUUCUCAAACAUAUGUUUUGGUUUUCACUACAUAUGUUCCACGUAUUACAGCAGCUUUCUCAAUUAUUGCAACAGGUUCAUCAAAUGUUGAUUUUGGUCCUGUAAUACCACCAUCAUCAAGCAUAAGUGGUGAGUACAUUCUAGAGAAAGCUUUACGAACGAAUAUAAGAAGAUAUCGUAGGAUCAACAACGCAGAUAUCACUCCUAACUUGAAGUCGUAGAAAAGAUCGUUCAAAAUGAAUCCACAAGUUUCUUGUAUCGAUACUUGCAUAAAUUAUAACAGAUGAACAGAAAGUUGUGAGAUGAGAUGCUUCCUCAUUUUCUGAUCGAUUCAAAGAGUUAUUCGGAAUUUCGAAGCGUGGAUAAAAAAUUAGAAUUGUAUGCACUUUUUCGAAUCUAUGUAAGGAAUUUUUAUUAGACUCAUGUCCUAGGAGUUACGAGCAAAUCUUUGAAAAACGCAAAAAUAAAGUUUGCACGAAGACAGUUGCAAAUUGCAACUAAUAGAUCGAUACAUAGAGAAUAUGACUGAGUUUCGUUUGAAAUUUGUUUCCAUGGUGUUUUACAGCAAUUUUUCAUAACAAUUUCUUAUUUCUCGAAUAGAGAUGUCGAUUUUGUUUAGGUUUCAUUUACUUUCGUUUGAACAGAUGCCAUGCUGAAUUUUUUUUCAGAGCAGUGCCUAGAGAACAGAUGUUGUUUUCAGCAAAUGAAAUAUUGCGCCCUACAAUGUGUGCUAAGAAGUCAGUUCUUCAAAGCAAUUCUUCAGACGCAUGUUACGAGUCUAAAAAUCAAGGAAUUGCGAAAGUGUUACUGUGCUUCUUGUCACUACUUUCAUGGUUGACAGAGAUUUAUCAGAAAUGUAAUGAUUAAGAUAUUAUUUUGCAGAGAAAUGUUUGCUCUUUCAUCUGAUCUUUUUAGAAUAAAUUUUACUUCUGUUGUAUGAUUUUUUGCAUUAUAAAAUCCUGCCAAAUGGUAUUUUCAAGCGUUCCAUAGAUUUGUUCAUCACUUUAAAAAACGAUUCUAAUAAAAACUUCGAACCUAGAAUUGGAAAGAGCACAAAAUUUGAAUUGUAACUCGAUGUUGUAACAUUUUUCGAUAGCUCUCUAAGUCGGUAGAAAAGUCAAGGAACAUUUUAUAUCGAAAUCUUCGACUCAUCUGCUAGUUGAAAUAACAGUGAAGCAACAUAACCAUCGAGGUAUGUACGCAAAAGGAGAGCAGACAAAAAUAAGCAUUGUUAAGACUGUUGGCGAUCCGAAUAUAUUAAGCAAGGUUUACUCUAAAUGUCUAAUACCAGACUUUACGGAAUGUUUGACAGUAGUCAAAAAUGUUUUCAAGCAUUUAAGGAUUUUUUUGUGUGUUGUAGCUAUGAGCUUGUCCUAUUAUAUUGACCAUGUGGGUAAAAUAUUAGGAGUUUUUAAGAUGAAAAGGGAUAAGGGCAUGUUUUCGACUGUGAUUCAUUCCAUAGAUUUUGUAUAUCACGACUAUAAUAAAUAAUUUCUCUUUAAAACCAAAUAAUAAGCAGAUCGAUUUUUCAAGUGUACCUUAAAAUCAAUCGUUGUUCUCAUUUAUGUCCAAUGAGAACAUAGGAAAAUAAGACUGUUUCAGUUUCAUAAAGAAUUCUUGUAAAUAAAUAGCAUUACUCGUAUAGCGAUGUAACAUGUCUUGUUAAUAUUUGCAGUGUUCACUACAAGCAUCUUGAAUGUUAUUAUAAUCACGCUUGUUGGUCAUGUUAUAAGUUCAACUUUAUGGACUGUCACCUGUCGAUAUAACAUCAUCGCUGGUCGUUCUACUUGAGAAGUUUAAGUUUACCAUUUGAUGCUUCUUCCUUAUACUGCUUCUUCAUAUUUUGAAUAAUGUUCUGUCUCUCUUUACUUCCUUAAUAUGCUUAAUUUCUUUUUACUCAUAAAAUUUUUAUACAAUAUUUGCUUGAUAAUAAAAAGUGUAAUAAACUAUCCAUCAUUUGGUGUUCAUCGAUAAAAUAUGGCAAUUUUUCAUUGAUGGUGAAGUUCGACUCUUUUAGACGAAUCAAAAAGUAUUCGUAUGGCCAUUGAAAAUCAAGCUCAUACCGGCCUUGGCUAAUUAGAAUAUAUCUAUUACGAUCUUAUCGUUCUGACUUUUUUAGACUAUAAAUAUAGUUUAUUGGUUUACAUAAUUUACGAAGAAUUAAUUUCAUUAUUCAUCCAAUAAUGAUCAACAUUGACAACACAAAUUUCUUUACUGUAUUAGCCAUUUUUGCCAAUGAAUGCUAUGAUCGGUUCAUAUCCCAUGACGAAGAAUUAUAAAAAGGAAUGGGUUUCUUCGAUGUGAAACACAUUCACUGACAAUCGGUUCUCCUUGUGAAAUAACGCGUCCCUUUUCAACUAGAAAAGUGUUCUAUGUGUUCGCGUUCUACUGUCCAGUCCGGAGGAAUUUUUCUUGGAGAUCGGUGAAGCUUCACCAGCGAAGACCUGCGAACCGCACUAGUCUACAUUUUUAUCGGACCACCUCAAUGCAUAUCAUUCGAUUUUCAUCUUCUUCAGUUGAUGACAUUUUAUUGAAUAAUCAAAAAAAAACUAAAAUCAACAGAAAUCUAUCCUCAAAACUGAAAAGCAGGUUUCCGAGCUAUCGUGCCGGUUGUGACAAAAAUUUUAGAUUUUAAAUUUGAUUAUUUCAUUCGAAAGUUUACAAAAGUUUUUUAUGAGAUCAUACUUUAAAAAAUUGACUUUUCAAUUUUGAUC